AUGUCGGCGUCUUUUACAGCGUCUCCUGUCGCUACCCCCUCACCAACUCCUACAUCGCCCGCCUCGACGCCAUCAAGCAACUCUACCCCGUAUACUUUCUCUGCUCAAUAUCCCAAAGCUCCGGACGAGUUUGUGCAGGAUCGCGUCACAUACGUGAAGCGCGAAACAGUCGCAAACAAAGGAUGCCGUCUUGGUUCCUCACACAUCUGGAAGUACGCCGGAAAAUACAAGCAGGAGUUGUUUGUCAUCAACGGGACCUCUCGAGCCAGAAAUCAUCUUGAGCAGAAGCAUCAGAUUGAUUGCCAGACUGGGGUGAGGAGAAAAGGUUCUGCACAGAAGUCGGUGCUUGAUCAACAAAAGGAUGCGGCGGCUUCCAGUGCCUUCUUCUGGAAGGAAUCCAUGGAGAAGUUCAAAGAACUUUUGAUCCGUUGGAUUGUAUGCUGCCAUAUCGCUUUCUUUCAAUUGGAGAAUCGGCAUUUUCGUGAACUUCUCUUCUUCCUGAGCCCUGCGCUGAUGAACCACCUACCAAAGGCAGCGCGGACCAUUCGGAGCUGGAUAAUAACUGCAUUUGAAUCGAAGAAGCAACAGCUCAUGGAGGAACUCCAUCAAGCGCGCAGCAGAGUCUCUAUAUCUUUCGAUCUCUGGACUUCGCCAAACCCUUACGCUAUCCUGGGCGUCGUCGCCAUGUGGAUUGACGCUACUGGUAAGCGAAGGUCUACGGUUCUAGGCAUGCGACGUGUCUACGGCGAACAUACUGGCGAAAAUGUCGGAUCGAUCGUUGUUGAGAUACUUCAAGAAUACAACAUCGGCGGAGAUUUGUGUUGCGAUUGA